AUGUAUAAAAGGCGUUCGUUAGACCUUUUAUUCCCUGUCCCUCUAGACAAGCGUUUCUCACUCAACCCUAAGGUUCCGUUAUUUAAUAGCCGCUCCUCGUCUAUCUGUGCAUCUAUCUAUCUAUCUAUCUAUCUAUCUAUCUAUCUAUCUAUCUAUCUCAGUCUGAUUCUAUCUAUCUAUCUAUCUAUCUAUCUAUCUAUCUAUCAACCUUUUGUCUCAUUCAAUGAUACAUACCUACCUAUCUUUGUAUGUAUGUAUGUAUGUAUGUAUGUAUGUAUGUAUCUAUCUAUCUAUCUAUCUAUCUAUCUAUCUAUCUAUCACUAUCUCAGUCCAUUCAUAUCUAUCUAUCUAUCUAUCUAUCUAUCUCAGGCUGUUCAUUAUCUAUCUAUCUCAGGCUAUUCAUAUCUAUCUAUCUAUCUAUCUAUCUCAGGCUGUUUAUUAUCUAUCUAUCUAUCUAUCUCAGGCUGUUCAUAUCUAUCUAUCUAUCUAUCUAUCUAUCUAUCUAUCUCAGGCUGUUCAUUAUCUAUCUAUCUAUCUAUCUAUCUAUCUAUCUAUCUAUCUCAGGCUGUUCAUAUCUAUCUAUCUAUCUAUCUCAAGCUGUUCAUUAUCUAUAUAUCUAUCUAUCUCAGGCUGUUAUAUCUAUCUAUCUAUCUAUCUAUCUAUCUAUCUAUCUAA